AUAGACAACGGUAAAAGCAAAAACAAGCGCGAAAAAUUUGCCGAAUAAGAAGUGAAAAGGCGUAAAAAGUGUUAAAAGUAUUGAAUUAAUCAAGUUUUAAAGUGCAAAAGUGUAAAAACAAUAAUGGAAACCCGUCUGGCGGUGCGUUUGAAGGAGCCCAAUCCUCUUUUUACCCGCUGGCUGGAGCGUUGGCUGCGUGAAGCGGAGCGUCGCCAGCAAAAGUCUCAAUUCAAGCUUCGACAGGCUCUUGAAGCCCUAAAAUGCUAUCCCCUGCCCUUGUACAGCGGCCGGGACUGCGCUAUUUUGCGUGGAUUUGGCGGCACUCUUUGCCAAAUGAUUGACGAGGAGCUGCGCCAGCAUCGCGUUGUUAACCUGUUGCCGCCAACGGCAACCACGAGCGAGCAAUACGAACAACAGGUGCAACAGGUUGUUAGAAAGGUGCAGGAAAAGCAGGAGGAGCAGGCGCAGAAGAAGAAGCAGAGGGAAAAGAAGCCACGCAAGCCCACCAAAAAGGAUCUCCAAGAAAUGGCAGCUGCCGAGGAGAGGGAACGCCGCGUGGAGAUGCCACCCGGCAGCUUUGAGAUCCUUCUUCUCGUGGACAUUCAAGAGACAAGUGGCAAGAACAAGCGGGUGCUGGAUCAAACGCGCAGCUAUCUGGAGUCUCUAGGAGCCCAGCACGAGGUGCGUCGUCUGACCAUUGGCGAUUUCCUGUGGAUAGCCAAGGAUCCGGCAGGCAAUGAACUGGUCCUGCCCUACAUUGUGGAAAGAAAGAGAAUGGAUGAUCUGGCGUCCAGCAUACGCGAUGGUCGCUUCCACGAGCAAAAGCACAGGCUUAAGCAGAGCGGCCUGAAGCAUGUCAUCUACCUGGUGGAGGAUUAUGGCGACAAUGAGCAACUGGGUCUGCCCCUGGACUCUCUGCAGCAGGCCUUGGCCAAUGCCCGGGUUCAAAACGGUGUCCAGGUGGUGCGCACGGAGAAUCACUUUCGCUCCAUGGCUUAUUUAGCCAGCAUGAGUCGCUCGCUGGCCCAGAUCUUUGGCCAAAAGACCCUGCACAGUGUGCAGGACAAAGCCGAAAGCUGUUGCCUGCUCACCGACUCCAAACUGGGCUUGCUCAAGUUUCGUGCUUUGUACGACGAUUCCGCCAAGAAUGCCCAGCUAACAGUGCGUGAGGUCUUUGUCCAGCAGCUCCUACAGCUGCACUCGCUCUCCCUGGAAAGAGCCAUGGCCAUUGUGGAGCGUUAUCCCACACCCCGCUGCCUUCUAGAUGCAUACGAGGAGUGUGUGGAGGCGAAGGAAGCCAGGCAGUUGCUCGCCCGCAUACCCUAUGGUCCGCUGGAACGUCCGCUGGGCGAGAAGGUCAGUCAGUGUCUGCAUGAGUUUUAUACAACGCAAUUUCGUUAGGAUUAGCAAUUGAUUUAAUGGGACAUAUCU